AUGACUGCCGUUGAUUACUCCGUGCUGGACAACCCAGAGGCGUCGGCCCGUUCGUUCCACCCCUUGCGGGGCUGGGCCGAUACGCCCCCGGGGGCGGUGGACUACGGGAUUACCGUCGCUGACGGGACCGUCCUGUCGAGCCGAUUCUUCGCGGUUGGGCGGGACAACCCCACGGUGCUGUUUUUCUACGGUGGCGGGGAGAACGUCGCCCGUUACGAUGAGAUCGCGCCGCACUACAAUGAAAUCGGCGCGAACUUUUUAGUCGCCGACUAUCGAGGCUUCGGCGCGUCCAGCGGGUCACCGAGUUUCAACAGCAUACUGUCGGACGCGCACCAGGUGCUGGACUGGCUGCGAGAGACGAUGCAGGCGCUGCGGUUCACGGGCCCGCUGUACGUCAUGGGGCGCUCCAUGGGACGUCACUCCGCCGGGGAGCUUGCCAUAACUGCCGCCGACCGGAUCAACGGCGUAAUCAUAGAGAGCGGACGGCCUAACCUGGGACGGAUAGCUGAGGGGCUGGAGGCGGAGGUGGUACAAGCGCUGGAGGACGACUACCAGGCCAAGUUCUAUUCCAUCGACAUUCCCACGCUGGUGAUCCAUGGCCAGUGGGACGAGUCGGCGCCGCUGGCCGACGCGGUGGACAUGUUCAACAAGCUCGAGACCGCCCACAAACACUUGGAGAUCAUACCGGGCGCGGGCCACAACGACCUGAUGUACGUGGGAUUCCAGCAGUAUUUCAACGCCAUCAAGGGCUUUAUGGCCCGGUACGCCGGGCCGAGCCCAGCGACUGCGACCACCGGCGACACCACCGAGUAG